AGGGCGUGGGUAGGAGUGGUGGAGCGUGGGGUCCUGGGCGUGGGGUUCGAGCCCCCGUUGGCCCCGCCUCUGCCCUCUCAGCUGUGACUCUCCCUGCACCCUGAGGGGUGUCAUUAAACAGCUUCCACUGUAAAUGAAUCCCAUCACAUAAUCCCUGGUAAACUUGGGGCCCAGACAGUGGGGUCAGGUUUGGGGCCAGGCUGAGAACUUUCCCACCUACUGUACAGUGAGGCUCACGACCUCGAAAUCAGCUGCUCUGGCUCUGGCUCCAGACUGAACCUCACCUGGAUGCUGGCAGGUGCAAGACCAAAGCUUCGUGUUACCUGGGAGGCCACUUCCACCAACUAGAGUCCACCCUGGAGCUGACCCAGGACCCGUGUUGCUCUUUAAAAAUACUUCCUUCUGUUCCAUCCUUGUUGAAAAGCUGGGUGUGCCAGAGCUGGCCCUUAGGAGUGGUCUGGUCUGAUGCUCUCAUUCCACACUCAGGAAACUGAGGCAGAGCUGGGCGUGAGCUGCCUGGGUCUCCCAGCUGCCCAUGAUGGGUUGGGCCCCUCUGAAGUACAGGGUCUGGAAAAGCUUCCCUCCCCACAUCUUUGGAGGCAGGACCCUGCAGCCUUUUCCUUCUCCAGAAGAAAGGAUCCCAGUCCCAUCACCACUGUGAUGGGAGCUAGAUUUGGAGGGCUGGCAGUGAAGAGCACCAAGUUGUGACUGCAGAAUAAUACAUCCCCUCUGCACCCCACCCCUGUCUUCCUGAGGGUCAGCCUGCAGGGUCCUGAGUCCGGAAGGAGAAGCCCAGGGAGAGUGCUCAGGUUGCGCCCUGGGCCCCACUCCCUUAGUGGGCUGUGCCUGCGCUGUUCAGUUCUAGUUCUGGAGAAGCGGCUGCAGGCUCCCCGCAGGAGGGACAGCAUGAUGCGGUGCAGGGACCGUGGUUUUGUGAGGAGUUGCCUCUGGCUCUGCUGGCCCCUGGGUUGGACUUUCCAAAUCUCUCUGAGCUGUGGUUUAAUUUGUGUGGGGGGUGGUCAUUUCUCAUUGGCAUCAUGCAGAGAAUUAACCAGGAUCUUCUGUGCAUGACCCUCAGCAGGCAUGCACCCUUGUGCUUUCACCCCAGGGCUUUCUGGGGAGGAACUCGGAUGCUGGGGCAGUCAGUGAACAAAGGCAUCUCCCAGGGAACACAGGCAUCAGGGUUCAAGCCCUACCCUGGGGUUCUUUGAUCCAAAGAACAAAAAUUAAACCCUCAGUUUUCUCAGCAUUAAACUGCACCUCAAACCUGGUCUUCCCUCAAGGCCUAAAAAGCCAUAAAUAGAGACCAAGAGGGUAAAAACCGGAAGUUGCUGCCCUGGAUCUAGAAAACAGUGGACAUGAAGCCAAAGAGAGGGGAGCAGCGUGAACAGGCAGUGGGACACAAGAAAAUGGGUCUGGAUGACCAAGAGGGUGGGAAGUGCAGAAAAGGGAAGCUGAGGGAGCAGCGGGUGAGGUGACCAGAAGAAGCUAAAAAAGAAAUGAGCUGCCUGAGAAGAGGAAGUGGGCGGAGGAAGCACAACAGUAUCGGGAGCCGGUGGAGAUUUCUAGUCGGGAUGGGAUGUGCUCCUGUGGCUCACGGUGCUGUUUGGGGCUCAGCUCCACCUGCCCAGCUGGACACCGUGCAGCAAAACCUUGACUUAGUGGAAUGCAGGGUGGGAGGCCCUGGCUCUGCAGAGGGCUCCUCGGCUCACGGUCCCUUGUGUGGCCCGUCGGCGGGCAGCUGCUCCCCUCCAUGUAGAUGCUGCUGCGGCUCCUCCUUGGACAUCUGCACUUGGUUCCUGGAGCCCCAGGGGCAGGAAAGCCAGUGUCCACCUACGUGACAGCCAGUCAGGGCACUAGCAGCCCUUUGGCCUCCCUGGAGGCUCACCCUCGAGUGAGCUCUGGCCUUGUUCAUGGUCCUGGCACAUCUCAGAGGACCCAGAACUGAAAGGUCCUCCCUCUCGGCCCACCUAGAUAAGGCUGCCUGGUUUAGCAGAAUAAUUAGCGGUGGAGGAAGCCCUGCCAGAGGUCAGCCUCCUGAUAUAAACAGCCCACACUCCCAGGGCUUGGCUGACAAGGCUGGGUUCCCACUGUAAAUCUCCUUCCCAUCCAUCCAAGAAUAGGGGGUCAGGGCAGCCACCGGGCCUCCACUUUUGCUUAGAUGGGAGCUGGUGUCUGUGGCAAUCAGAUGUGCUCAAUAGCUGUAGGAACAGGGAAGGGUGCUAUGCCCGGGGCCCCUCUUAGGGAGCUGGAGGGCCUGCACUCACUCAGUGAUGGAGCCUCUCCUCACCCACCCAUCCAACUCUUAGCUUCCACAAAGUUCAGAGAAUUCAAGGGCCCUGGCCCGUGGCAGAAAGGGCAGGACAUUGGUGUCCCUGAGCACCUUGGGGAACUGUCAGCAAAGAGGCUGCUGUCGCCCCUCCUCCAUGGAAGCCUUUGAACAAAGGUCUAGAUACAAUAUUCACUCAACAAACACCCUGAGGCAUCUGCUCUGUGCCGGCCCAUCCCUCUGGUGAACGCUGGCAGGCAGAGCCGGAUGGGACACUGUUGUCUGGGAACCCCCAGUCUGGGGCAGGGGAUGCAAGGAAAAUGGGAGAAAUGUGCUGAAGUUGGGAGCCCCCAGGCCCAGACUGACGCCCUGUCACCUGCCAGCUUGUGGCCUUGAGUUAUCCUCCACUCAGAUGCCUCGACCUGCGCUUGAAGCAGAGGUAGUAAUCCUUCCACGUGUUGGCCACAGUGUAUGGAGCAGCUUUCACAUGCUGCAGGUGACUGGGUAAGGCUAUUUGCUCACUGGUUUAUUUUAAUUUUUCAUAUGACUCAUAUUAUAUUUUUAUUUAAAAAAUUUCAACUCAGUUAAUGAAAAAUUAUCCCAGGAUAGGUAGUACUAGGUAUACAUGGUAAAAAAAAUGCCGCAGGUUUACAGUGAAAACCAAGUCUCCUUCCCGCUGUGCUGUGGUCUCCAGGACCCCUGUUCAGGGGCAUUGCUGUCACUUCGUAGUGUGUCCCUCUGGAGACGCACAGACUUUACACAAGCAUGUGCACACACACACACCCUACACCCCACACACUGCACACACAGGCUUCACCUAGCUUUCUUCACUUACCAGUAUGUCUUGUUUCAUCACAGAACAUACAAAUUGGCCCGGUGGUUGUUUGUUUAUUCAUUUGUUUGUUUGAAAAACAGAUGUUAAGUAUUUGUUAUUGGGAUGGCUCGCAGUUUAACUUUAUCUGUCCCCGCUGACGGACAUGGGGCUGUCUCCCUUCAUCACAUUUCCUCGCUCUAGUGACCAUGGCACUCGUGUUCCCUUGAGCACAUGUGUGAGCCUGUCUCUAGCACUAUCUCCUGUAAGCCACUGAAAUGCUUUUUAUUUUCGUGCUCUCAGUGCAGUGGGGCAGGGAGGAGGAGCCAUGAGAGGCAGAAUAGCCGGCUGCCCUAGCUGCUUCACCACUCGCUCUGUGCUGGCUGUCUUCUCCCCGCCUGGUCUGGCCCUGUGCCAGCCCAUCUCCCUCCUCUCAGGUGGAUGAGCAGGACUUGAGUGUACGCCCCGCUCCCCACUCCAGCCGUGAGAACAGCCAGGUACUAACUCCUGCCGUGCCUCUUGUGGCCACAUUGUGUGCAGUGGAGCUGUGGAUGAUACGAGCAACAGGUCUCAGAAGUGGCCAGUGUGGUUCCUGACUCACGUAGGAGCUCAAUGACAGCCAUGUCCCUCCUAUUACUGUCUGUGGCAGGUGGAGAAUUGCUUAUCCAGGGAACCAAACUGUGUGCAUGCAAAGUCCUCAGGAAAAGGGGACAGUUCAGGGGUCUUUGCAGGGCAAUCUGGCCAGCAGGUAGCCAGGAGGAGACUGCCAGAUGUUGCUGAGCUGCCCUGAGCAGACCUUCUGGAUGACAGGUAGUGGUUCCAAGCUGGACCAUACCCCCUGACCAGCUACUUGCUCUUAAUAAGAAAUAAGGUCAGCAGUCAGGCCAAAUCACCCUCCCAGAGUGCCACCUGAGGUUGCCCCCAUCUGCAAAAGAGAGGUGGACACACUCCCCUCAUUCUGUCUCCAUCUGCAUCUGUCUGGACUCCUCCCAUUGAGAUGAUGGCCUCUGUGAUUGAGACUGUUCCCAACUGGUGUCUCCAUGUGCCCUCCUGCCCUGCUGAGCCCAAAGCUGUGGGGCUGACACUCAUCCCCUCCAACCAGGACCCCCCGGCUACUUUGGGGUCUUGGUGCAAGUUAGAUAAGGCAGUCCUGUGCCAGGGCAGCCCUGGGCCGGGCACUCGCAAGGCAGGGCUGACCUGGGACCUCCUUGCCACUCAGCCCAGCAAGGGUUUGUUUCUGAUUCUCCCUCCUUCCCCAUCCUCUGUCCCAGCUCCCGUCUCCUGUCACCAAUACCCCUGGAGCCAUUCAGCAGGGAGGGAAAUUGGAUGUAGGGCUGUCCUUCAGGAUUGCCAAGAGCACCGAGCAGGUAGGGUGGAGUAUUUAGCAAUGGGCCUGACAAUCCAGUAAAAGCUCAGUAAAGGAUGACUGUCUCCCCAUUCCUCCCACGAAAAAAAAAAUCUGAUAAGAAAACAUAUUUCAGGGGAAAAGAAAUGAAACAACCUUUAGAGACCAAAUGGCCACAUGCCUAGGGUGGUAGGGAACUAUACAAAUAGUGCAGUCCACAGGCAGCCUGGAUGAUUCCUGAAGUCCAAAGGGCCUCUGUCUCCUCACCCCAUGCAUUUAUUAAGUGCCCGCUGCACGCAACGCAGGUUGCCAGGCACUCACCUCAGAACGGCCCUGCGAACAGGCAUGAGAGUGAAUCGCAGUCUUGCAGAUGAGCAGGUUGAGGCCCCAAGUUCACCCAGGGUCCCUGGGCCAGAGAGGGCAGCCGGGAUGCAGGCGCGGGAGAGACCUACUGCAGCCUUACCCUCCCUCCCACCUCCCUGCUCCCCUUCCUCCACGACCCAGGCACCCUUGCUGGGAAGUGUGCAGAGGUCCCUGUGUGGAUACAUAGGGCCAAGAGUGAAAUCACACCCACCUUAUGCAGACAGGGCAAAAUCAAGCUAAUCCAAUAGCACAGAGUGCCUGAGCUGCAGGACUGAGUGCAGGUAACACCACUUUCAACGGCCUCGGCUUGCCGAGGUCAGCUUUGCCAGUGUCCUUCACCGGGACAACGGGAGGAGCCCUCCUGCACAACCACCAAGGGCUUGACUCUUCCCACUCCUACGCAGCAUGUCAGGGCAGAAAGGCCUCUGCAGCAAGCCACCUGCUCCGGGUAGCCAUUCCCCUGUUGCCCCACUUCUCAGCUUGAGCUAUUUUAAACUGGCAUUUGUGUAGCUCCUGUUUCAUAUGGUUAAAUCUAAAUAUUAUCAAGUCAGCCUAAAGCAGAGAAAGUACACGCUCUCCCUGGGGGUGAGGACUCCACCUCAGCCCGGGGCACCCCAUCAGAAAGCCUGGGCCCACGCCCUCCUGGGAGUCUGGGCCUUCACCAUGUCUACCCAAUCCUUUGACUCGGUUUUGGAAGAUUUUGAGUUAUACGAGCUUGCAGGAGCCUGUGACAUGGGAGACAUCGUGGCCUUCGGGAAUAUCUUCCUGUCCAUAGUCUACUGCCUGGUCUUUACCUUGGGGCUUGUGGGAAACUUGCUGGUGGUGUUUGCCCUCAUCAACAGCCGGGGGCCCAAGAGCAUCACUGACAUUUACCUCCUGAACCUGGCCCUGUCAGACCUGCUCUUUGUAGCCACACUGCCCUUCUGGACUCACUAUCUGAUAAGCCAGCAGGGCUUUAACAAUGCUGUGUGCAAACUCACUACCGCCUUUUUCUUUGUGGGCUUCUUUGGAGGCAUAUUCUUCAUCACCAUCAUCAGCAUUGACAGGUACCAAGCCAUUGUCCUGGCCGCCAACUCCAUGAAUAGCCGGACAGUGCAGCAUGGCGUCACCGUCAGCCUCAGCGUCUGGGCAGCGGCAGCCUUGCUGGCCACGCCCCAGUUCAUGUUCACAAAAGAAGCUGACAACGAGUGCUUUGGAAACUUCCCUGAGGCCCUGGAGGAAAUCUGGCCGAUGCUCCGCAACGUGGAGGUCAUUUCCAUUGGCUUUCUGCUGCCCCUGAUCAUUUUGACUUACUGUUACUUCAGAAUCAUCCGCACACUGUGUUCCUGCAAGAACCACAAGAAAGCCAAAGCCAUCAGACUGAUCCUCCUGGUGGUCAUCACGUUCUUCCUCUUCUGGACACCCUACAAUGUCAUGCUUUUCUUAGACACACUCGAUCUGUAUGACGUGUUUCCCAGCUGCAACGUGAAGCGGACUCUGAGGCUGGCCAUCAAUGUGACUGAGACUAUUGCAUUCACCCACUGCUGCCUCAACCCCCUUAUCUAUGCAUUUGCUGGGGAGAAGUUCAGAAGAUACCUGUUGCACCUGCACAAGAGAUUCCUGGCUGGCCGGCGUGGCCGCCCUGCCCACGUCAGCUUCUCCCCGUGGGAAUCCCAGAGCAGCAAGCGGGAGAGCAUGCUGAGCAGCAGUCUCACUCACAACACCAGUGAUGGAAACACAUCCAUUCUUCUCUGAAAGGCCCCAGAGCCUCAUCCCUACAGAGCCUACAGUUCCUGAGUUGCACGCUGGAUAACAGGGACAGACUUUAUUUCUUACAUGCAAGAAAGGAUGGACCUGGUGCCCAAAACGCAGCCCUAAGGUUUUUUUGAGAAUUAUCCUAAAAAUUUGAAAGCUAAAGGGUAGGCUUGUCUCUUACUGCAGAUGUCAGGACUUCUUUGUUUACAAAUGACAAAAAUUCAAUCAGACCAGCUUAGCUGAAAGGGAGGUGGUGAGAAUCAUUCACAUGGUGGCAUGGGCAAGGGUGUGGCUGAGCCCUCAGCAUGAGGGGAAAUGAGGGCUUGCAUCUAGCCAGAAUUUCCUCUCUGACUCUCAGGUUUCUGAGUGGUGACAGAACUCCCAGACUCACAUAACACAGCUUUGCCAUUGAAAGCGACUGAGACCCAUCCCUUUCUCUGGUCCCAAGGUCAGAAUUCCCAGGGAGGGUUCUGACUGACCAAGUUUGUAUCCGAUCUCCUCCGGCCAGGUGGUGGUACCCACAGGGAAGGGGUCCUCAAGGUGAAGCUUCCAUUCCAACCUCAAGGGUAGAGAUGCCGGAGGACACAUUUCCAAGAAGCUUGGUAGUGGGUGGGCAGGUGCUGUUCUGAUCAGAGAGAACUUUUCCAUUGGCAAAGCAGCUCAGCCUCCCCACUGGUCACACCAGCCAGCACACACCACCAGCCUCCUCUUCCUGAAACCCCUGCUCUCGUGUCCCCAAACCCUGUGCCCCCUGCAUCGAGGCCAAACUCCAAAGCCUGCCCCUGAGACCCUCCAUCAUGGUCACGCCAGCAGAUUCCCUGUUGUCUCUCUUCCCCAACCUGCCCCGCUAGCCCAGGCUCUUCCAUCUGGCCUCACACAUCACCACCUGCUCCCAGAACCCAGGGGCCCCACGGGACACAUAGAGGGAACUCUGGCCCCAACUAAGAAGGGAUGGCUCCAAUCCCAGCUCUAUCACCAGCUUGCUGGGCAGCUUGGGGCCAACAGCGCUUCUGUUUGCUCAUCUGUAGAUUGGAGGUAAUGGGACUUUUCACAAAGGCAGCAACUCUUCCAGCGUGAGGAGCUGGCCACCAGCUCCUACAGGUCCUGAACCUCAUGUCUGGUGUCCAGCUGUCCCCAGACCUGGCACUGUGCUUAAGUGGGAUGUUGGCAGAUCCUGCAGGCCCCAACGUUUGAUGUCAUUCAGGCACAGGGGAGGCUGGCUCGUAGCUGGCCCUAGUGGGGGUCCUAGUGAGCCUUCCUGAACCACUGCUCCAGGCUGCCAUGAACAUUCCCUCCCCAGAGCCCUGCCCAUCUGGAGAAACCCCCUGUUCUUCACACCCCUGCCAACCUGGAGCCCUGGGGUCACUGAAGCAGCUUGCUUUUGUCAGUAAAUGUUUGGGUGGUUUAACACUUCAAAGCUUGAAGAAUAAUUGUGAUAGUGCUGAAGAAAAUGUCAUCUAUGUAUAAUCUAACCAUGCAAUUUUUGCCUUUGUCCACCCAGACCCUGUUCCCACUCAGAAUGUUUAGAGUUGUAUCAGAUGCCCACAGAGCUGUAAACAUAAUGCACAGUUGUGCGAUCUGCUUUUGUUUUUCUUAUCAUAGGCCAAAAUAGCUCUCUUUUUCUAGAUGGCUCCAGAAGGCUCUGCCAGGUGUUGUAUUUGCUGAAGGCAGCUGACUCCUGGCUGUAGAUCUGAUACCUCCUGGCAGUGCACCUGCUCAGCGCAUGAGAAAAUGAAUCAUGUUCCAUCAAGAUCACAUACUAUUAUUUACUUACCAGUGUCUGUGUAUAAGUAUUUCACUUGUUUCUAAUAUUUAGCAAAUACAUAUCUUACAGCAUUUCUAGCUGUGCAAUUUCCUUUCUCCUCUUCAGUGAUUUCCUUUGGGUAAAUUCCUUGUGGAGAUAACUGGAGCAAAGGGCACCAGGAAUUUUUGGUUUCUGACAUGGACAUAUGGAAUUAGUAUAUUACAGAAUCCUUUUUGAGCAUCUGUUAUAUGCAGCCCAUGAGCUCAGACCCAGAGCUGUUCUCAGGGUGAGCAGGACCAGGACGUGGACCUUAGUACUCGACCUUUGAAUGCAGAGUGGAGAAAAGCAAAGCAGCGCAUACCUUGCACGAGCUGGUAACAAGGACGUAGGGCCCGAGUAGUCGGUGGCAAGGCACCCCCCAGGCAAGGAGGGGCUGGCCUUCUGGGCCUGAGGACGGCAUGCACACAUGAGAGCUGAGGGUGUGGGGACCCCAGGAUGUCACGGAGUUGGGGACCAUCCAAAAGCACAGCAGCAGAGUGGGUAAGGGGCCUCCCCGAACAUGGCUCAGUCCACCCAGGGAGGGGUGCUCUCCUGGGGGUGCCCACAGGUCUACUUCAUCAUCCCUGGGUCCUUGUCCCCAUGUUGAAGCAAAACCUUAAACUGAAUUUUAACUCUUCUGGACCGCCAAGAAGGGAGGGGAAAAUUCUUCAGCUUGAUAAGCAAAAGUAGACGAACAGACACCUUCAUUUCUAGAAAAUCAAAUUCCUACCAUAAGAAACACUUGGUCAUUUUGCUGAAUAAGCAGAAGAGGGGAAAAAUAAGGAAGUUCAUUGAAAACCCCUAACCAACAAUGGUGUUGGUAUCUAAAUAAGGGAAGGAACACUUGGAAAGGGUGAUUGGUGCUAAGAGCACAACUGGAUCAGACCCUCUUCUGAGCUCUGGACCCCCCAAAGCAGAGGGAGGUAGUGGACCCAGGGCAGAGAGAUCAGUGGUUGGGCCCCAGGGCUAACCCUCUGACCUAGGGCCUUUAACAUCUCUGAGGCUCAGUUUUCCCAUUAGAAUAAUAAGAGUCAAAGCAGCACCCACACCCUGGGGUUAUUGUGAGGGUGUAAAAAGCUCACCUCCCUCAAGCUCAUGUGCAGGCCUGUAAAUCAAACUCCAGUAGGUGGUGGUCACUAUUUUGACUUUUUCCCCUCUUACAAUUAUCAGACUGAAACUUUCCCAGUGAGGAUACUGUCUCCUCUCUUGUUUUUCUCAUCCCCAGAAUCAGAGAAGAUAAUUGGAUCCAAGCCCACAUGUUGCAGGUAAGGGAAAGGAGGCCCAGAGAGGGCCCGAAGCUGGCCCAGGAUCAGUUAACCAACGAGGGCAGGUCCCUUGGCUCUCAGUCUACUGACCCCUUCCUCAUGUUGACUGAAAUGCAGACCAGUCCCGCCUCUAAGAACAGAGAACACAGGAGCCACGGAAAACCCCAGAGAGACGGUCUGCGGGAGGAGGCUUAGGCAGGAGGGGCGCCCUGCCCUCCAGAGUGCAGGGUCUCGCUGAGUCAGUCUGCUUACC